UCCUUUACCGAGAGGCGUGGCAGCGAGCAGUAAUGGCUGUGUUGUGCUUGAAUGCUGGUCUUCGUUUGUUGUUUUAUACGGAUUUCUAUGUAGCAAUGUAACUGAGAUAUCGCUGCACGUACUAACACUCCCGUUUUCACUCAGGGGAAGAACAGAGCUGUAUUUUGCUUUAGACAAUCAUCCCGCCCCGAGAAGAGGAAGCGACGCAAGAGCAGCCCGUUCUAACAAUAAUAAACACAAAUAUAUUCUUUCAGGGGAGGGCUGCGUUGUGAUCUAUUAUACAGGUAUUGAAUGUCAUGGUUUCCAGGAGCAAUGUCUUGUAAAUCCAAGGUAGCCCCGAGUGUUGAGUUUGACCAUAGCUGCUCUGACAGUGUUGAGUAUCUGACCCUAAACUUUGAGCCUUUUGAGACCGCCCAUCGCUGGAGGAGACUGCCGCCCUGUGAUGAGUUUGUUGGGGCCAGGCGCAGUAAGCACACAGUUGUGGCAUACAGGGAUGCGAUCUAUGUAUUUGGAGGAGACAAUGGGAAGAACAUGCUGAAUGACUUGUUACGGUUUGAUGUAAAGGACUGCUCAUGGUGCAGGGCUUUUACUACUGGGACGCCUCCUGCACCUAGAUACCACCACUCUGCCGUGGUCUAUGGAAGCAGCAUGUUUGUUUUUGGUGGCUACACUGGGGACAUCUAUUCAAACUCCAACCUGAAAAAUAAAAACGAUCUGUUUGAGUACAAGUUUGCCACUGGCCAGUGGACCGAGUGGAAGGUGGAGGGAAGGUUACCUGUGGCCAGAUCAGCACACGGAGCAACAGUGUACAGUGACAAGCUCUGGAUUUUUGCUGGAUACGAUGGCAAUGCAAGGUUAAGUGACAUGUGGACCAUCAGCCUUCAGGACAGAGAACAAGCAUGCUGGGAAGAGAUUGAACAGAGCGGUGAGAUCCCUCCGUCAUGCUGCAACUUUCCUGUGGCGGUGUGCCGGGACAAGAUGUUUGUUUUCUCUGGUCAGAGUGGAGCAAAGAUUACCAAUAAUCUCUUCCAGUUUGAAUUCAAGGAAAAAAUAUGGACUCGCAUUCCCACCGAGCACCUGCUGCGGGGCUCUCCUCCCCCGCCCCAGCGGCGCUAUGGGCACACCAUGGUGGCAUUCGAGAGGCACCUGUACGUGUUCGGGGGCGCUGCCGAUAACACCCUGCCCAACGAGCUGCACUGCUACGAUGUGGACUCCCAGACCUGGGAGGUCAUCCAGCCCAGCCCGGACAGCGAGGACCCCCUUGGAAACGAGAUGACUUCAUCUCAAGGGUUCAUCCUGAUGCCCAGUGGGAGGCUCUUCCAUGCAGCAGCAGUGAUCGCUGAUGCCAUGUAUAUUUUUGGAGGGACGGUAGACAAUAAUGUGCGGAGCGGAGAGAUGUACAGAUUCCAGUUUUCCUGUUACCCGAAAUGCACCUUGCACGAAGACUAUGGCAAGCUAUGGGAGAACAGACAAUUCUGUGAUCUGGAGUUUAUUCUAGGCGAGAAGGAGGAGCGAGUGAAGGGCCACAUCGCGAUCGUGACGGCCCGAAGCCUCUGGCUGAGGAAGAAGAUCACACAGGCGCGAGAGAGACUGCGGCAGAAGGUGAAGCAGGAGAGCGUGGUGGAGGAGGAGGUGGCGGUUGGGGCCCAGAAGGAGGUGUCCGGCGGCAUUGUGAAGCACUCCAGCACACAGCCACUGCUGGAGGUCACCAUCCGGGACGCUGAGGCACAGCCCUUCAAGGUCCUCAUGCAGUUCCUGUACACCGACAAAAUCAAAUACCCACGCAAAGGUCACGUGGAAGAAGUUCUAUUGAUCAUGGAUGUGUAUAAACUGGCCCUGAGCUUCCAACUGGCCCGUCUGGAGCAGCUGUGUGUGCAGUACAUCGAGGCCUCUGUGGACCUUCAGAACGUCCUCAUCGUGUGUGAAAACGCUAACAAGUUACAGCUGGACCAGCUCAAGGAGCAUUGCUUGAACUUCGUUGUAAAGGAGUCUCACUUUAACCAGGUGAUAAUGACCAAAGAGUUUGAGCAUCUCUCUACCCCUCUGAUAGUGGAGAUCGUCCGGAGAAAACAGCAGCCUCCUCCCAGGCUGUAUUCCGAGCAGCCUGUCGAUAUAGGUACUUCACUGGUUCAGGACAUGAAGGCAUAUCUGGAAGGAGCAGGGUUGGAAUUCUGUGACAUCACUCUGCUUUUAGAUGGCCACCCCAGGCCUGCCCAUAAAGCAAUCUUGGCUGCCCGCUCUAGUUAUUUCGAAGCAAUGUUCCGCUCCUUUAUGCCGGAAGACGGGCAGGUGAACAUUUCUAUCGGUGAGAUGGUGCCAAGCAAACAGGCGUUUGAGUCCAUGCUGCGGUAUAUUUAUUAUGGAGAUGUUAACAUGCCUCCUGAAGAUUCACUGUAUCCU